CACACCCCCACAACCUCUCGAUUCCAGUCUGUCCCGAAGCUUGAUGCAUAUUAAACAGAUGGUCUAGGUGACGUCCAGAGUUAGAGAUAAUAAUCAGUCUGAUCAGAUGACAAAACACUCGUCGUUUCAUCUCUCGACUCCCGCCCCCAAAAUAAAAGAAAAGCAGCGGAAAAAAAGUCUUAAGAGUCUUUUAUUGUCUCUCACGUUUUGAUGUGGGUCGUGCUGGAUGGAGUAGGCGCCCUUUGAUUGAAACUGGAGACAUGGGGUUGAUUUCUGAGAGAAAAGCGGUCAGUCACAGCAAGGGUUCGUCAACUCCUCCCGGGACCAGGGAAAGCAAUUAAAAACCCGAACCGAGAGGAUAGGAAUCCGCAUCACAAGUCCGGCUGAGGGGAGACAGAGUCCCCAGGGUGGGACCCAUCACAACAAGAGGAGACAAGGAAACCCGCGACACAAGGUGCUGAUCAAAGUCGGGUUGGAUGUGAAAGGCAGUAACAGAUGGCUACAAUCAGUACCCACCAGUCAUACCCACGGGUUCACAGACUCUCGGUCAGGAAUAACGACGAUGAGCUCGAGAGAAUAGAAAAUGGCAACAGCAGGACUCACUCACUGUGUGAGGACACAUCUUCUGAACUGCAGGGAGUUACCUCCAUGGAGACCAAAGGACAGCCUGAAUCCCGCCGGAGCUCUUUCACAGGCAGAGGAGCUUUAGCCAGGUUCACUCAUUUCGUCAUCAUGGUGAGGAACUGGACAACUCGACAAAUGCACAGUGAAGAUCAGAGGCCAGAUUCUUUUUUGGAACGCUUUCGAGGACCAGAGAUAAAGGACGUGUCAAGUCGGGAGAGCAACACCCAAUCAGCUAUUGGCAAUCUGGAGCAUCAAGGAAAGAGCAAAAGCUAUGGGCUCCUGUCAAAAUUCAACAUCAACAAUUGCAACAACAAAGAGGAUGACAAAGUGGAAGAAAAGAAAGAUGAGGAAAAAGAAAGAAAAAAUGAUGAGAAAAAGAAAGAAGUGAAGAAGGAUUGGUAUGUCAUUGACCCUUCAGAGAAUCUUUACUACAGAUGGCUUUCUGUUAUUGCAGUGCCUGUACUGUACAACUGGUGUAUGCUGGUAUGCAGGGCUUGUUUCGAUGAACUUCAAAUAAGAAAUCUUACCCUGUGGCUGGUUCUGGAUUAUCUCUCUGAUGUCAUCUACGUUACAGACUCAGCUGUAAGAUUCCGAACAGGUUUUCUUGAACAAGGAUUGCUGGUUAAGGAUACAAAGAAAUUGAGACAGAAUUACAUGAGGAUGCCUCAGUUUAAACUGGACGUGCUCUCUCUUUUACCAACAGAUUUAGCCUACAUUUGGUUGGGCUUUAACUACCCAGAGGUGAGAUUUAAUCGUCUCUUCCGUUUUAGCCGCAUGUUCGAGUACUUUGAUCGCACGGAAACCAGGACAAAUUACCCUAACAUGUUUCGAAUUGGAAAUCUUGUUUUGUACAUCCUCAUCAUUAUUCACUGGAAUGGUUGCAUUUAUUAUGCGAUUUCAAAAUCGAUUGGGUUUGGUAUUGACACCUGGGUCUAUCCAAACAUAUCCCAUCCUGAAUAUGGACGACUUAGCAGGAAAUACAUCUAUUGCCUUUACUGGUCCACUUUGACCUUGACUACCAUUGGAGAGACACCUCCUCCAGUGAAGGAUGAAGAGUAUCUAUUUGUGGUCAUUGACUUCCUGGUGGGAGUUCUCAUCUUUGCCACCAUUGUUGGUAACGUGGGCUCCAUGAUCUCAAACAUGAAUGCAUCGCGAGCCGAGUUCCAAUCCAAAAUUGACUCCAUCAAACAGUACAUGCAGUUCCGUAAAGUGAGCAAAGACUUGGAGGCCAGGAUCAUCAAGUGGUUUGAUUACUUAUGGAUCAACAAGAAGACUGUGGAUGAGAAGGAAGUCCUCAAAAACCUUCCAGAUAAAUUAAAGGCUGAGAUUGCCAUCAAUGUCCACUUGGAGACUUUGAAGAAAGUCCGGAUAUUUUCCGAUUGUGAAGCCGGCCUUUUGAUUGAGUUGGUGCUCAAGCUGCAGCCUCAAGUGUACAGCCCCGGGGACUAUAUCUGCCGGAAGGGGGACAUUGGCAGGGAGAUGUACAUCAUCAAAGAAGGCAAGCUGGCAGUUGUAGCCGAUGACGGGGUAACACAAUUUGUGGUCCUGAGCGAUGGCAGUUACUUUGGAGAGAUCAGCAUCUUGAAUAUAAAGGGCAGUAAAGCAGGUAACAGGCGCACUGCCAACAUAAGAAGCAUAGGCUACUCUGACCUGUUUUGCUUGUCCAAAGCUGAUCUGAUGGAAGCCCUGACUGAAUAUCCAGAUGCCAAGAAGAUUCUGGAAGAGAAGGGCCGUCAGAUUCUGAUGAAGGAUAACUUAAUAGAUGAAGAGGCAGCAAAAGAGGGUGCAGAUGCAAAAGACCUGGAAGAGAAGGUGGAGAGGAUGGAAUCAUCGUUGGACAGCCUACAGACCAACUAUCCUAGUCUAUCUAUUGCAGCAAUGGAGUUUGCAACCAGACACAGAAAGAAGAGAACACAAGGCUGUGUGUUAUCGGGUAAAGUGAUGUCAGGUAAGUGACAGAGACUGGUUGGUAUCAAAAAGAACACUAAUGUAUGAUAAACCCAUUUGGAAGGGUUAAAUAAGUUAUUUUAUUUUCACAAUGCAAAACUCUCCUACUCAGGCCAUGGAAAGGAUUACAGAUAAUUUCUAAGUGAUGGUUAAAACUGCAAGCAGCCAGUUUUAAACGUAGACAGUUCUCCUUGAGGUUCACUAUAAAGGCCAAGCAUGGGAAUUAUUCUUCCCAAUAAACCAUUGAUCUGCUCAGGAACCACCUUGAUGUCUGAGGUACUUGUUUCAGCUCUUUAUGGAAGAUUUUGCAGAUGAUUUAAAAACAAGAUUGCUCUUAACUCAACCAUGAAGCACUAUUGGUUCCUUCCUCAUUCUCAGGUGCCAUUCCUGAUAAAGAGCUUAUGCUCGCAACAUUGAAUCUCCUGCUCCUCAAUUGCUGCCUGACUGGCUGUGCUUUUCCAGCACCACACAUUUUGACUCAUUUCUCAGGUGAUGAAAUGUUGAGCAAAGGGAAAGCUGGGUUAUAGCAUCUUGCAGCAAAAAUGGAAAUCCACAAAAAAAUCUGAAAAUUGGCUUCCAUAAUGUACAAAUCUAAAUAAAGUUAGUUUAUAUUUUAAUAGAGCUAGUGCUGUUUGUGAAUAGUAUUUAGUAAAUACAAAGUUAGACUGGUACAUUACAGUAUAUACUGUCAAUAAAACUGUUGCUAUGUUAAUAUAAAUUUUCAUAAAAUUUCUACAUCCUCCAACAAGCAAAUCAUUGUUUUGUUUUGGCAUUUACUGUGUAAACCAAUAACAAUGAAUUCCUGUAAAUAGAAUGUAAUUAUGUCUAAAAUAGAUUUUAGUUAAUGCAACCGAGUAAGAGAUUUUGAGAAGAACCUCACAUAAUUCAAUAGAUUUCAUGAAUGGUAGAA